AUGAACGCACACCAGGUGGAGAGCGGAAGCGAAGUAGAGGGUGCCGAGGAUAGCGACGAUGCAGAGACGCUACACGCCAACAUAGGCGCCACCGAAUACCUACAAGACAUUGCUCAAGCAGAGUCGUCCCAUCGUCGUACCUCGGCUGCCACAGGACCCUCGCGGAGGGGCAAGAAGAAGGACUACCGGCGGAUUCACAAUGCGGAGGUGCCUCAGACCCCUCUCCUCCUUUCGCCAGCUUCGAUGGCGACGUCGCCUAUAGAUCAAUCACUUCCAGCGGACCAGGAGACAUGGCAGUGUACGUUCUGUUUCAAGGCUCUGGUACCGAAAUCGUGGCGGCGGCAUGAAGACACGCAACACCGACCCAAAACUCAGGCCGCUCGGUGGACGUGCAUGCUGGAUGGUCCACGUCUGAGUUUCCCAAACCGCACCAAUACGGGGACGGUAUGCGCUUUUUGCAUGGUCAAAAAUCCAACCGAAGAACACUUUCUUCAAAAUCACCGAAUCGAUGAGUGCUCGAAGAGAGACGCGACUGACCGAACUUUCUAUCGACCAGACCACCUGCGACAGCACAUCAAGAAUUUUCAUAAUGCCACUCUGUUCGACAUUGUGCAAGCCCGCUGGAAGACAGCUGCUGAGACUGUUACAGAAGGAUGGACGUGUGGGUUCUGUGGCGACCGCCUGGAGACCUGGGACAAGCGGGAGACGCACAUCUCGAACCAUUUCAAAGAGGGCAUGACCAUGGCAUCGUGGAGGGACUACCCCGAUACGGAGAAGCAAAUCGACAAGAAGGGCAAGGGGAAGGAGAAAGAGAAAGGGAGUGCUCUCAGUGGCUCAUUCAUGAACAUCUUUCGACGACCAACUUCACAUCAGCACAAUCAGCCUCAAACGCAGUCACAGGACAGCGCGUUUGCAAACUCCUUCCAAUCUCUGCCCAUUGCACCUCAGAUUCAAGCUCAUGUUCACGGCUACCAGACAUCUGCUUCGCAUUGCGCAUCGACAGGCUAUGAAAACGCAUAUACCUCGUCAACAGCGCCAAUGGGUCUCGGCAUAUCUCAAGCACCUGUCCUGCCUGUCAUUCCGAACGUUAGUCCACUUGUAGUGACGCAACAUGACUUCGACAAUGUCGGCAACGUUUUCGACUGGGCACCAAUGGCAACCUCCUUCGAUCAGCAGAUACAAUAUCCGCUUCCGAACACGAACAUUUAUGAGGCUGGAGUACCUACUACUACGAUGCAGCCUGAUUAUACCAAUUUGAACGCACUUGGUCUGGAUCUUUAUGGGAACCAAAUUGAUUACCAGGGAUCCUGGACGCAACAACCACCGUCGUCGCCGCACAACCCGCAACAGUACCCGCAGUACAACCAGAGGCGGCAACAAUAA